GUGUCUACCUAAAAAUCAUUGCUGUAUUUUCGUAUACCAUUAAUAAACGACAUUCAAUCAAGAAUUUUGGAAUAUGGCUGCUGCUGCUGCUGCUGCUCUACUCGAUGAGCUCAUGGGAAGAAACAGAAAUGUCCUUCCCAAUGAAAAACCCAAAGAACUUAAUUGGGAAGAUCCUGAGUUUUGUAAAUUGUAUUUGGUUAAAUUUUGUCCUCAUGAUUUAUUCGUUAAUACAAGAGCUGAUUUGGGCGCAUGUUCUCGAGUACACGAUGACGAAGCUAGAGAAUUGUUUGAAAAAGCUCCGUACUCGUAUCGAAAACAACAAUAUGAAGAUGAAUUUAUUAGAUUUUGUCAAAGCAUGUUGAACGAGGUUGAAAGAAAAAUAAUAAAAGGAAAACAACGAUUGGCCCUUAUUGGAAGGACAGAAGCGCCUACUUUAACACCAGCGCAAACUCAAAGAAAUGAAGAGCAAAUUGCACUUUUAACUGAGAAAAUUAAUAAACUAGUAGAAGAAGCAGAGCAAAGCGGUAUACAAGGCAACGUAGAACAGGCUCAGGGCUUAAUGAGACUAUGUGAUCAAUUAAAAGAAGAACGAGAAACAUUAAGGAAAUCUAAUGAUAAUAGCCAUUAUAAUCAAACUGCUGAACUAGCUGCUGCACAAGAAAAACAAAUGGAAGUAUGUGAUGUCUGUGGUGCAUUUCUUAUUGUUGGAGAUGCUCAACAACGAAUUGAUGAUCACUUAAUGGGAAAGCAACAUGUUGGCUAUGCUAGGUUAAAAAGUGCUCUGCAAGAAAUUAUGAGUAAACGUGAAAAAGCUAGAGACGAGAAAGAACAGAGAAGAGAAGAAGAUAGGAAACAAAGAGCACGUGCUAAUGAAGAACUUGAUAGGCGAAGAAGAGAUGAUAGGGAUAGGGAUAGAGAAAGAGAUAAACGUCGCAGACGCGAUGAUGAUAAAGGCAGACAUGAUUCAGGCAGUCACAGAAAUUCGGGACACAGAAGUAGAAGCAGAUCAAGAGAUAAACAUGAUAGACAUCGAGAUGAUGAUCACCGACGUCAUGCUCGAGAUAAAGGAGGUCGUGAUCAUCGAAGCUCGAGUCAUCACAACCGACGUCGCCAUCGAUCUAGAAGUCGAAGUCACAAGUAACUACUCUUGAUUGGUUAGUGAGUGAGAAGUAAGCCAGGUAUGCACUAAACAAUAUACCAUAUUCGUCUCAAUUACUGUACAGGUUCUUUACCAGGUGAGUUUCAUUAGAUGCACAUAAUAUAUACAUGAUAAUUAUCUGUAAUUUUGAAGAAUGGCAUAGUCACAGCGAGCCAGUAUCUGGUCCUGCCUAUUAAUCGGAGAAACACUCGUACUAAAUUUCAUAUGGACCUGUUUGUACAGCGUUUAAUUUUCAAAGUGACGAGCUUGCUCUAUGUAACAUAUUACUGAAAAACGGUGCAUCGAGGUAAUGUCGAGCAAGGAGUAGUAAAGUUGUUCCCAUACGAAAGGUAUUUUUAUCAUGUAGUAUUAUAGAUAUUGUCUACAGAGCAAGAUAGGAGAAGGUAUACCUAUGCUUGCUUUGAUCGGUAUAAUGUCUUCAUAGGGUAAAUCAAUUAUAUAAUUUCAACGACUGCAUAGCUUUUUUGUCGAAAAGAAAUUAGUGGUUUAGUGGAGGAAACAGUGCCUACUUCCGUAGACCUGCCACAACAGUGCCCUGUGUGACUGUGACUAUACAAUCCUAGCUUCUACUACGCAUUUCUGAGACAGAAGACAUGCCAUGGGAAUGUAACCAAUACAACAGGCUCACUUGCACACUGCUUAAUAUAAUAUUAAGCUUAUACUUGUAUAUUUGGGACAUCAAACUCGCAAACUCAUAAUGCAAAUGAACACAAUGAGAUACUAAAUGGUGGAUACUGCUCCACAUAAAUCAUCUUCC